AUGUUCUCUCAUAGAUCCACUGCCACUUCCAUCCAGCCUAAACUCAAAAACAUAAGCAUUGAGUGGUCUCACUCAAUGAAGUAUCUCGGCGUCCACGUGGAUAAAAAACUUAACUUCUCAAAACACGUCACCACCGCAGUCAAUACGGCAAAAUCUGUUAAACACUCACUAUACCCUUUACUAUCCAGCCCUAGUCUCACCAUCAACACCAAAUGCUUUAUAUACAAAACCUACAUCCGCCCCAUAGCCACAUAUGCCUCUCACAUCUGGGCCUCCAACCUAUCAGCCAGCAGCUGGUCAAAGCUUGAAAGUCUUCAAUCAACCUCUCUCCGCCAAAUUUCUGACCAACUGUGGUCCGUCAACAACAAGGCAAUCCGCCACUCCACUAACAUCCUACCCAUCAAGGACCAUAUAAAUCAACUCACCAACUCCGUCAAAACUCAAAUCAUCAACUCUCCACACAACCAUAUCUCCGAAAUCAGCACAAGAAGACCAACCUCCCAACUUUUCAUAAAACGACCAAUCAACUUCUAA